ACAACUCCACAUUACAUGGAGAAAUGUGGCACGGGUGGGGUUUCAACUGGGAACCUUCCCACACUGAAAGCAAACACACUCACCACUUGGUCACCACACCCUGACUGAAAUGUGCCUGAAAGUAAUAAAGUGUAAAUCUCUUGUAAAUCAAGAUAUGAUAAGAUUUGAGAGAGCUGAGCUGCUGCGUCUCAUUUAAGGUAAUGAUUAAAGUUAUACAAUACUUAGGACUCACACAAGCAGCUAAUCUUCAUAUGGAGUUUGGGCUCUGAAGAAUGAUAAAGACGGCAGAAGGAGCGAGCACGGAUCAGGAGCUCAGCCGAGCGACCUGGAGCAGGCAGAUCGAGUUCACUUUGGCCGGCAUCGGCUGUGCUGUGGGUCUGGGCAACGUUUGGAGGUUCCCCUAUCUCUGUUACAGGAGUGGAGGAGGUGCCUUUUUGGUGCCGUACCUGCUGAUGUUGGUGGUUCUGGGGAUCCCGCUGCUUUACAUGGAGCUCAUUGUGGGACAGUACACGAGGAGGGGGCCCAUACACGCUCUGGCUAAAGUCUGCCCACUCUUGAAAGGAGUGGGAAUAGCAUCAGUGGCCAUCUCAUUCAUCAUGAGUACCUACUACAAUGUUGUCAUCACGUGGGCUCUCUAUUACCUGUUCAGCUCCUUCCAGGCACCGUUACCAUGGCAGAACUGCAACAACAGCUGGAACACAGCAAACUGCACCAGUCACACCACUAACAGCACUUACUCCACCACAGCCAGUCAGGAGUUCUUCAGAUACAAGAUGCUGCAGCAGACUCGGGGAGUGGAGGAGGCCGGAGUGCUGCGCUGGGACCUCUUUCUAAUUCUCCUGCUGGCUUGGAUCAUCAUUUAUUUUUGCAUCUUCAAAGGAGUGAAAUCAACAGGCAAAGUUGUGUACUUCACAGCUCUGUUUCCAUAUCUGGUACUGUUUGCUGUGCUCAUCAUGAACAUGCAGCUUCCUGGAUCAUUAGACGGAAUAAUCUUUUUUAUUGUGCCGCAGUGGGAAUUGCUGCUUUCUGUGGAGGUGUGGGUGAACGCUGCAGCUCAGAUCUUUAACUCCAUUGGGAUUGGUUAUGGUUCCCUCAUGGCCAUGUCCAGCUACAACUCCUUCAACAACAACGUAGACACCCUGGUCAUUUCCAUCGUCAACUCCCUCACCAGCAUCCUGGCUGGUUUUGUCAUCUUUGGUGCCCUUGGAUACAUGUCUCACCUGCAGGGGAUUCCUAUCGAAAACCUGGCUGUGGAUGGUCCAGGGCUGGUUUACAUCAUUUACCCACAAGCCUUUGCAAGCAUGCCGGUGGCUCAGCUCUGGGCUGCCAUGUUUUUCUUCAUGUUGCUUUGUCUCGGCCUGGACAGCGAGUUUGCGAUGGUUGAUGUGAUGGUGACCAGCCUGAUGGAUUAAUUCAAUCAACAUCUCAUGAAGGUUUUCCGUCGGAAGGAGCUGUAUGUCCGUGUUUGUGGUGCAGCCUUCCUUCUUGGGAUUCCUUCGGUCAUGCAGGUGGGGGUCUAUGUCUUUCAGCUGAUGGACAUUACACGGCAAUCGUGUCCAUCUGUGUUUCUAGCGUUCUUUGAGGUUAUUGCUGUGUGCUGGUGUUACGGUGUGAAUCGACUUUCAGACAACCUUGAAGAGAUGACAGGGAAGAGAGCAAACGUCUUCUUCAGACUUUGCUGGCUCGUAGUUGCUCCUGUUCUGGUCACUGUUAUCCUGAUUUUCGCUGUCAUCCAGUUCAAACCAGCCCGGUUAUGAGGACUACGUGUUCCCCCAUGGGCUCAGGGGGUGGGCGGGGUCAUCGCGGCCUCCAUCAUCUGGAUUCCAUUGGCUGCCAUUCACACCACUGUGGGUGCUGCCUGGAUCACUGAUGAGGAUGUGAUGGUCUUCUGUCAGGACCUUCAGUCCCCCUCCACAGAUUUUCAGUAUGAUUCGAGUCAGGGCUUUGUGCAGAAACUGAUGCUGUCGAUCACUCCACUUGCACUCGAUGAAAUAUUAAAAAUGCCAUAUUACGAGCGAGGAGGAGAGCGUUAUCCCGUCAUAUCCUUCAUCAGCUCCACCAGCCUUCCAGUGGAGACGUCUCCUGAUCAAGCCAACCUGUGA